AUGUCUGUCAAUACCCAGACCAAACAAAUUCACCCUAAUCAGCAACGUCUUGUCGAGCUUGCGGGCGAGUUUUUCGCUGAGGUCGAAAGCUUCACCCCUGGAAAAGACCUUGAGGCCCGUCUAAAUGCCGACUAUGGACGCGGCAACCGUUACUAUGACGGGUUCUGCGAGCUCAUCAAGGCCGGGCUCGCCAACGAUGAGGGUUGGGUAGCGACCGACGAGCUAGAUGGCCCUAAGUACCGCCGUUCCAAGGUCUCUUGGCCGUGUGUCGAAAACCGCUACUUUAGCAUCACGACCGUUUACAUGGAGAGCGUCGAUGAAUACCGUGGCCAAUACCACGCUCAUCCCUAUGGCGAGAUCAAUUGUGUUGUCCAGCUCAGCCCAGGCGCCGAGCUGAUGGGCAUGAACGGCUGGCAGGGUGAGGGCUGGACUAGCCCCGGCCCAGGAACGCAUCACUAUCCAGAAGUGAGGGGUGGUGCAUUAGUAGCCUUGUUUUUCUUGCCCGCGGGAAGGAUUAGCUAUGAUGCGAAGCCGGGGAUGCCACAGCCACUCAGUAUCUAA